CCUUAACCCUACUAACAAUUCUUGGACUGAGGCCCUUGAAAAUUCAUUAAAUGAAUUAAAAGGUUUAGAAAAUGAAUAUGAUUAUAAUAUAGAACUAAGUCUUGAUGCUCGUAAUAAAUUAAUUGAAUCUAGAAAGGAUGAACUUGCAGAAGACAAAAAAAUAUUUGAAUUAUUAUUAAAUAUUGUUUCUUCAAAUAUUCAAAAUGAUAGUUUUUACAAUAUAUAUAGAAAAUUAAAACAGCCUUUAAUAACCGAAACAAGAGCUUGUCAAGAAGCUUUAAUAGCAAAAACGCAACAAAAAACUUGGAGCCCUCCAC